AUGUCGUUUGAAAAUUUACACAAGGUCAAUGCUGAGGCAUUGGAGGAAGCCGUCGUGGAGAUUUGCUCGUCGUUGGAGGUCGACGCAGCCAAGCUGGACGAACUAACAGCUUACUUCAUCGAAUGCAUGGAAAAGGGGUUGAGCAGCACCUCUGUGGGCGAGGAGAAGACGGUAGACAAGGGCUUGCCCAUGAUUCCCACAUAUGUGACCAGCUUGCCCAACGGGACAGAGCGUGGUAUUCUGUUGGCAGCCGACUUGGGGGGCACUCACUUCAGAGUGUGUUCAGUGACUUUGAAUGGUGACGGGACUUUCGACAUGCAGCAGUUGAAGUCCAAGAUCCCUGAAGAGUAUCUGAAUGAUAAAGACGUGACCAGCGCGGAAUUGUUCAGCUACUUGGGUCGUCGUACGAGGGCCUUUGUGAGGAAACAUCACCCUGAGUUGCUGAAGUCUACUGGGGAGAACAUAAAGCCCUUGAAAAUGGGGUUUACGUUCUCCUAUCCCGUCGACCAGACCUCUUUGAGCUCGGGCACUUUGAUCAGAUGGACCAAGAGCUUCAAGAUUGAAGACACGGUAGGCAAAGACGUGGUGAGAUUGUACCAGGAGCAGUUAGACAUCCAGGGACUGUCCAUGAUCAAUGUGGUGGCUUUGACCAACGACACGGUUGGUACUUUCUUGUCGCAUUGCUACACUUCGGGAGCCCGUCCCUCGAGCGCUGGUGAGAUCAGCGAACCUGUUAUUGGUUGCAUCUUUGGUACCGGUACCAACGGUUGUUACAUGGAGGACAUCGAAAACAUCAAAAAGUUACCAGAUGAAUUAAGAACAAGGCUGCUGCAUGAGGGGAAGACCCAGAUGUGUAUUAACAUUGAAUGGGGGUCCUUCGAUAAUGAAUUGAAGCAUUUAUCUGCAACUAAGUACGACGUCGAUAUCGAUCAAAAAUUCUCUCCAAAUCCAGGCUACCAUCUUUUCGAAAAAAGGAUUUCUGGCAUGUAUUUGGGGGAACUACUAAGAAAUAUUUUGGUCGACCUGCAUGCUAGGGGCUUGAUUUUGGGCCAAUACCGUAACUACGACCAAUUGCCUCAUCGUUUGAAAACCCCCUUCCAAUUGUGCAGCGAGGUCCUUUCCAGGAUCGAAAUCGAUGAUUCUACAAACUUGCGUGAAACUGAAUUAUCGUUUUUGCAAAGUUUGAGGCUACCGACCACUUUCGAAGAACGUAAGGCCGUUCAAAAUUUGGUUCGUUCCAUUACAAGAAGAUCCGCAUAUUUGGCGGCUGUCCCAAUUGCCGCCAUUCUGAUCAAAACAAAUGCCUUGAACAAAAGAUAUCAUGGCGAAGUAGAAAUCGGUUUCGAUGGCUAUGUCAUUGAAUACUACCCUGGGUUCAGAUCCAUGUUAAGACAUGCCUUGGCACUAAGUCCAAUCGGCACUGAAGGUGAACGUAAGAUCCAUUUGCGUCUGGCUAAAGAUGGGUCCGGUGUUGGUGCAGCCUUGUGUGCUCUCGUAGCAUGA